GACGUAUUAGGUGCGAAAUCCGGUGGAACUCGGAAGAGAAGCGGCUGAGAAUUAUCAAGAAAUUUGACAAAAAUGGUGAAAACGAACCUCUGAAUCCUGGUAGAUCAUGGAGAACGAAGCAAACUCUUUCCAUGUUGAGUUCCCAGAUUUUUCGUGCUCCCUUCUUAAGAAGCUGAACCAGCAGCGUCAGAGGGGGCAGCUGUGUGACCUCAUUGUAUCCCUAGGUGGACACCAGUUCCGAGCCCACCGUGCUGUACUUGCAGCCAGUUCCCCCUAUUUCUGUGACCAAGUGCUGCUGAAGAACAGUGCCCGUGUAGUCCUGCCUGAUGUCAUGCACCCCUGUGUGUUUGAGAGGCUCCUCCUGUCCUGCUACACUGGAGCUCUCUCUGUCCCGUCUGGGGAGGUGGUGGCUUUCCUGACUGCUGCUAGUUUUCUGCAAAUGUGGCAUGUGGUGGACAAGUGCACUGAACUGUUGGAGGUCGGAAAUAAGACAAGUAGUGGAAAUUUUGAACACGGGUCAUCCCCUACAGAAGAUGGUUAUGAUAUAGAUAAUGAAGACGACGGCGGAUUUGAGGGCGCCAGCCAGACAGGUGGUCACAAGGAGGACCUGGGGGUAGAGGAGUUGCUGGAGGAUGGGGUCUCCUUCCCUUCAGUGGGACCAGGAACUUCACAGAGUGCAAGUUGUUCUCCCCACGAAAGGUCGAGCAGUGAAAGUGGGGAUCCAGACUCUGCUGACAUUCAGCGGUCCAGAUCUACUUAUGUUCCACCCAGUAUUAUGGGUCAUAGAAAAAGGGUGCACAUAAAAUCCGAGAGGCAGAGUCGUGAAGAUUGUAGUGGCCUUUUGGGAAGCGACUCUCAUCCUGUGUCUGACUCAGAUCAGGCCAGUCAUACAGCAGACGUCAUGGAGGACUGUUUGGAGGAGAAGCUGGCAACACGCUUUGAUGAGAACAUGGAUGGAGACUGCUCCUAUGAAGACCCCCUGGACUUCUAUGGGACCUCCAUUGCAGGUUUCUCCCAGGAUGGUGAUGAAGGCUCUCCUGCAGUAUCUAAGGAUGACCUGCAGCCAGAUGAAAGUGCAGGUGUAAUUAAGGGUGAGGAAGACGGCUCCCAGGGAGGUGGUGACACAAAAGAGCAGACCACCCACUCAGGAUUCGCAUCUGUGGUGUACAAGCUCUACCCAUGUCAGUGUGGCAAAAGCUUCACCCACAAGAGCCAGAGAGAUCGGCACAUGAGCAUGCACUUAGGCUUGCGACCAUUCGGCUGUGCUGUUUGUGGCAAGAGCUUCAAGAUGAAGCACCAUCUGGUUGGGCACAUGAAGAUUCACACAGGCAUCAAGCCCUACGAGUGCAACCUUUGUUCGAAGCGCUUCAUGUGGAGAGACAGCUUCAACCGCCACACCUCCACUUGUGCCAAGGCCCACCAGGCCCGUCGGACCAGAGCAGAACAUUCCUCUUAGAUCUGCUGUCCCUAGCACGCUGACUGGAGUUACCAGGAAUCUACCAGGAUCUUGUCGUGAAUGUUUUAGAAGAGAGCGAAAGCUUCCCAGGUUUUCAUUCACUGCAGGAAUGUGCAGAAGCUGAAGGGAUCUAUAGCACUUACAGGUGUUCAGGUGUACCCAAGACCAUGCGUUCUCUCGAAUUAAACGGUAUCAUAGCAACCAUGUCUAUAUUUUAAACGGUUUUAAAAAGUCUAUUUUCAACCACAGCCUUCGAAACAUCAAAGAUUAUCAAGUACAGUUGCAUAGGUUUGAAUCAGCGAUGUUUUGAUGGCCUUUGUGGAUAGAACUCCCCUUUCACUGGGGCCAUUACAGUUCUCUGGGGUGUCACAGUGUGCUUUAUAGAGCACAGUGAGGGGGAAGAACAGGUGUUGGAGUCAUUUUAUACACUGAAGUCUGUAUGAUUAUCAGGGUCAUUUGGCAGUUGCAUCUAAAAAUGUAAAUCCUAACUGACGUUGAUGAUUCUCACCAGUGUUUAUUUUUUUCCAAAUCAGAGUCUAGUCUCUUUGAGGCAGUUAGCUUCUGUUAAGAAGUUAUUUUGUAAAUGGUGCCAUUGUAAUUGUGUAACAUUGUAGGAAAUGUUUAUGGCUGUACAAAGCCAUCACAACAUGCACAGGUGUAAAUAUCAGAAAUAGUUUAUACAUCCACACUGUUAUGGCAAAAUGCAAACCUCAGAAUAUGUGUUAGUUAAGAAUUAACACCAAAACAGGGAAAUAACUAUAGAGACCUUUGUAAAGGGCUGUAAUGUAAUAGAAUAGGAGCUGAAUAUUUGCAUGUAUUGUUAUUUAACGGACUGUUGUAACGUGAGCUUCAGCAUCAUUGAGUUUAUGGCUUAGUAAGUCUAGUUGUGUGUUCGUAAGAAGCACAGAUGCUUGUGAUACAAAUACGAAUGAUCGCAGUAAAGUUUUUUUUUUUGUUGUUGUUGUUUUUUUUGGAACCUGGUGACAAAUUUAAAAGUUGCGUAUGCUACUGGUCUUGACUGAGACACUUAAAAUGUCUCUGAAAAUUGUAUAUUAUUAUUAUAUAUUAUUAAGUACUAAUAGCACACAGAAAGAAAAACUGUCCCACUUCCGGUUUUAACUCUGUUCCUGUAGUGCUGUGUACUAGGCAAAAGAACUGAUGGGUAACCUUAAUCCCAUAUUACUCCAGGGAUGCUGUUACUUCAACUGCCAAAUGUUAGAAGCUCUGAGCAAAAAUGCAUUCUAAGAGUAGUUAAUAACUAACGUGAAACCUCAAUUACAACAGAACCUCAGCGUUUGUGAUAUUUGAAAGCAUGAACCUGUAUAUUGGUAGUUAUUGCAGUCUUAGAAUUACAGUAACUGUAGGCUGACGUAGUAUGAAAUAUGGACUUCUCUGUUGCCACAAAAUACUGAAUAUGUUCUCCUCAUCACACAUUGCUUGAAUUUGUAACAAUUACUCUCCCUUUAUUUAGAUUCAUGUAAAUAAUUUUCUAAUGGCGACUUCAUGAACACAUGCUCAUGUGAUUCUACAUGCCUCAAAGAAAACAAGCAUAAGACAAUCAUGUAGGGAUUUGUAGAGUCUGCCAACUCCAUUGCUACGUGUUAAAGACCAUUUCACCAAAUUGAGACUUCGCUAUUUUGAAAAUUAGUGUUUAAAUGAUUGUAGUAUUGGUACAAAAAGGUCCUCGGCAUCUUUCUAAAACAUGGAUUUACCCUCUUUUGAGUUGUAAGAAAUAGAACUGAACAUGUGUUGAACUAUGUAUUGUGAAAUGUCUUUCAUUCAAAACAAGUAAUACGUUUUUAAAAAUUCUAGAUAUUUUAAAAAGAUAUUUAGUUAAUUAAUUCAACCAUUUACAGUCAGUGGGACACAAAAUGUAGUAUCGGAAUCUGGGGAACAACUGAUGAAUGAAGUAUAGAACAAAUUCAGUGUGAUGGUUGAGUACAGGGCUGGUUUCUGGGACAGAUGUUGAGCCUGUUCCUGGAUGUUCCAGUGAAGUAGGUAGAGCUUGAUGUUAUCUGGGCUCAGGAAACCAGCAGAAUAUUUGCUGUCCACUUAUUUACCAGUUUGUCUUAAAGACUGUUUGGGAAGCUUUUUAUUUUGCUGUCUCCCAAUUGAUUACUACCUCAAGAGCAUUAUCAUGUGGUAGACCUGUUGAUCAGAACAGUUGCUCGGAGAUUUUCUUUCAGGAGUAUCCCUUGCCUUUUUUACAUUGUUGUGUUGUUUUCUUCUUAUAGAAGAACUUUGUGAGAGGUUUGUACAAAGAUGUGUUGAGCAAUAAACGUUUUAUUACUACUGA